AUCCUUCUGUUGGUGAUGAGCCCAAAGAUAAAACCAGAUUCCUUGACCUGGAUUCCCCUCCCUUACAUCCUGCUAAUGAUAAUACUUGAUUUGCAAAAUAUGUUGCAGAAGCUUCCAAACAACAUAUUUGAAAAGAGCUAUCCGCUUAGGGAAUUUGACUUGCAGAAGAGAAUUCACUCGUUCUUCUACAAGGCUGCUGAGUUGUGUAUGGUUGGAUUAACUGCUGGAGCAGCACAAGGUGCUUUGACAAAUUUUGCUGCCAGUAAAAAGAAGGAUAGGUUAUCUGUCACAAUCCCAACUGUGAGUACAAAUGCUCUUGGUUAUGGUGCAUUCCUUGGGCUCUAUGCGAACUUACGAUAUCAGCUAUUGUGUGGAGUUGAUAGAGUGAUGAUCAACCAUUUUGACGUUAUUGGAGUGGCUCUGUUCUUUAGCACAGCUUUGAGGAUUUUGAAUGUUCAAUUAGGGGAGACAACAAGGCUGGCUUGGCUCGGGGUGGAGGCAGAUCCACUGGCCCAGUCAGACCUCUUGAAGGCGUACAACAGGCCUUCUGAGGGUGCUGCUGAGUCAUCUUCAAAAUGGUUUAUAUCAAAGAAGGCCAUUGUUUCUGGGCUUGGACUCCUCGGCAUCAAACAGGGGACAGGUGAUUCUGUUGCUAAUCAGGAAUCAUCACCUCCCAAGGCACGAAGAAAGAGGGUCAUCAGGAAGAAGGUCACCACAACUUCUGCGUAGUUUACCCGAUCUAAUCACCAUGACCAAACAAUUUUGCAGCCUGAUAAGAUAAUGCGGGACGAGCUUGCAUGUCAAAUCCUGAGCAGAAAGAAGAGCUGAGAGAGAUGGUGUUCCCCGGUGAUCCAGGCUGCUAAGGUGGGAGUCACUGAAAGCCAUACAUUCAACAGUUCUUAGGAGAAUAUUGGGGGAGAUUUCUUGAAAUUUUUUUUUCUUUCUCAUUCCCUUGUUUUGAUUCUUAACUAGUUUGUUAGACACUGUGUCCCAAAUUCCAUAUUCAUCUUCCAAAUAAGAUGGGAGGUUUAUUGUUGUGCUCA